ACAACCAGAUAUAAUUUAUCCAUUCAUCCUAAUUCCAUCCCUUCUCUGCGAUGAUAAGAAAGAAUCAUAAUUUGGACAAACGCAAAAACUGCGGGAGAAAUCGAUCAGCUGCUGGGUCAUCGUUAUCUGACGGCGCUAUGCAAAUUAUAUUAUUUUUCUUUUCGACGUUGGGGGACAAACGAUAUCUCACUGUCCAUUAUGAGCAGCCGAGAAACGAACAGAUCUAUCUCUGAAUCCUAUACAUGUAGACGUCCUGAUAGAAAACGUUGUAUUCUCCGAAAACAUAUUAUUCGAAUUAUUGUGGAUAUUAAUUAAAAGACGAGUAACUGUGUUGUACAAGUGCCGUUAUAAACGAGUUAUAAAAGAGCCAUUGAGGAUCGAAAAUCGAAAAGGAAAUAGGGAUUAUUUAUAAAGUAAACCACAGUAUGUAACAUAAAUAAAUUUUUACACACGUGGAAAUUAUUUAACGCGUGGUGUGACUCGAUAAUUUGUAUUGUCAAUACGGUGUACGGUGCAAAUAAAUGGUAUACUGCGUAUGGUGAUUAAUAAUUCGUUCCAUGCGUGACGAAACGAUGGAGAAGAACAAAAUGAUCGAAUUUUCAAUACAUCAAUUCAUUCGUUUCAAUAACUCGUCCAUACGAUAAAUAACCAACCAUUCUAUACCAUCCAAUACCAAUCUCUUUCAAAUUAUUUCGACGUAUUUGGCGUGUCAUCGAAUUUUAUCUUCGAAUCGAAUUUAAAGGAAUUUGUACGUACACGAGUAUUGUAUAUAAAUUAGAAAAUAUUGGAUCAAGAAAUUAAAGAAUUAAAGAAUUAUCGCUAUAGAUCUUCAUCUUGUUUGAUACGUGCAAAUUGUGUAUCGAAUGGACACUAUAUUUUUAUGAACACUUGAAAAACACGUAAGAACGCAUUUUCUUUAAUCUCUCGCAAUCUGAGAUAUACUGGUGCAUUUAUACGAUGUCUUUCAUUUUAAUCUUCUUUAUGAAUACAAUCCCUAAAUUAUGUAUCACGAACUUAUGAAUCAUCUCGUGAACGAUGAGACGAAUAAAUUUCUCUCGCGGAACGCAGAAUCGUAGUAAGAGGCUUACACCUCGAAUUAGAUGACGCAAUAAGGCAUUCCGUGGUCAGCUGAACGCGCGAAAGUUGGCUCGGUCGGAAACCGAGAAAGGGUUAACCGCGAGAAUGAAUUACCAGGAGGCCGAGAGUCGGAUGAAUUUCGUUGAAAUGCAGGAACGGAGAUAAUGUAUUUUUCCAAUGGCACACCACCUUUUUACUCGCCGCGCAGAACCGAAUUAAAACGGUGCUGGGCCGCGACGCGUCGUGUUUUUACAAGUCGCGGGCGGAGUUUUAAUUAAGCGGAAAUCGAUGGAAUUAAUUACUGCGAGCGUACAAUUUCUAGCUGCCAGAAAACGAUGGUGUGCGGCAAAGGAGGGGGAUAAAAAGAAAAAUAUUCGUGUUAAAAAUACGGCGGGGAUAAUUUAUGUACGAUUCUUGAUGAAUUUGAAUUUUUAGCAAAUGAUCGAGUAAAAUUCAAAGUAAACCGAUGCUGUCUGAUCUCUCGGCAGAACUUUAUUCAGGAUGAACGCCAGAAAAUCUUUUUCUUGGCAGCGAUGUUCCAAGCUUUCGUCUUGAGCAUUCACUGUGUAGUGUCAACAGCCACUCGAGAAUGAUCUCUGAACGAAUAGCUCUCGAUACGAAAGCAGCAACCAGGAAUAGACAACAAGUUUAAUGUCUAAAAGGAUGCAAAUCAUCAGUUGGUAUCUUCAACAUCAUCAAUAUGCAAUGCGGAGACCUUUCUCAAGCAAUUUGUAUAAUUAUACCCCUUUCGCAAUGGAGCUGGUAUUAGAUUUUCCUCUUCACUGGUCAAAUAAAAAUUUAUCGCGAUGAUUCGUCAUGACGAUAGAGAUUAAAGGAAUGUUUCGGUACACGUAAAUGACACGGCUAUAACUUAUAUGGAACAAGGAAUAAGAGCGAUAAGGACGUAGUGAUAGCAAUAGAUAAAGCGAUAAACCGGUUUCUGCCAAAAAUAUAUAUAAUAGCGGAAUUGCGGAUCAUGAAUCGAAGUUUCAACGACAAUUGGACGACGAAAUGGAUCACUAUUGUGUUGUUCUACGAUUAAUUCUGGGUAUUCUUCUUAUGGGAUCGAGCAAUUCCAAAUUGGUCGACAAGCAAUGGUGGGAAACCGCUUUGAUUUAUCAAAUUUGGCCGAGGGGAUUUCAAGACAGCGAUGGAAAUGGCGAGGGUGAUUUAAAGGGUAUCAUAAAUCGUCUCGAUUAUCUAAAAGGCCUUGGAAUCGAUGCAAUUUGGUUGAACCCUAUUUAUUCAUCACCACUUAUAGAUUCUGGAUACGAUAUUUCUAAUUAUACUGACAUUCAUCCUCUAUUUGGUAAUCUUCAGGAUUUUGAUGAGCUUAUAAAGGAAGCACAUAAUCGUGAUCUGAAGGUGAUUUUAGAUAUAGUACCAAAUCAUUCAAGCGAUCAACAUGAAUGGUUUUCAUUGUCAAGUAAAAAUAUUAAACCUUAUAAUGACUAUUAUAUUUGGGCAAAUGGAUUUACAGACGGGAACAAAAAAAUUCCUCCUAAUAAUUGGGUAAGCACUUACAAUGAUGAAGAGGGAUCUGCAUGGACAUGGCAUGAUAAUAGAAAACAAUGGUAUUAUCAUAAAUUUCAUAAAUCUCAACCUGAUCUGAAUUUAAGAAAUGAAAAUGUAUUGCAAGAAUUAUUGAAUGUUUUCAACUUUUGGUUAAAAAAAAAUGUUGAUGGUUUUCGAAUCAGUGCAGUAUCAUAUUUCUAUGAAGAUAUAGAUUUAAAAAAUGAAUUUAAAGGAAAUGCAACAUCUGGAUUACCAGAAAACACAGUUCUUGUAUAUAAGUUUCGCUCAUAUAUUGAUGAUUGGGUAAAAAAAAAUAAUGCAACUUCAAAAUUAUUGAUUGCUGAAUCUUAUGACUCUGAUGAAGUGUUGAUAUCACUUUAUGGUAAUUCAACACACAAUGGAAUUCCACCUUUUAAUUUCCGAUUAAUUACUUCAGUUCAUAAUACAAGCACUGCUGAUCAUAUUAGAAAUGUUCUGGAAAAUUGGUUUAAAAAAAUUCCCAACAAAGCAAGCACAAAUUGGGUGCUUUCCAAUCAUGAUAAUUCAAGAGCAGCCUCAAGGAUCGGAUUAAAUCGCGUAGAUGGACUUCAUAUGCUUAAUCUAUUGUUACCUGGUCAAGCAUAUACUUAUUAUGGAGAAGAGAUUGCUAUGUUAGAUAGAAAAAUAUUAUGGAAUGAAACAAUCGAUCCUAUGGGCUGUUCGAGAACGAAGGAAACAUAUGCAAAUUAUUCCAGAGAUCCUGCAAGGACACCAAUGCAAUGGAACUUUAAUAUCUCAGCAGGAUUUUCGUCUAAUAAAACUACAUAUCUUCCUCUUCAUCCAGAUUAUAAAGAAAGGAAUGUUGAAGCUCAGCAAUAUAAAUCACAUAGCAAUUUGAACACAUAUAAAUUACUUGCUGCUCUUAGGAAGGAUAAAGUAUUUACUCAUGGAGAUUAUGAAUUUGCAACCUUAAAUGAUGGUCGCAUAUUUAUUUUUAAAAGAUCUUUAGAAAAUAAUCCUACAUAUUUUAUUGUUAUUAAUUUGGGACUACGAUAUGAAACGGUUAAUUUAAUGUCAUUAUAUCCGAAUUUUGAAGAUCCUCUGGAUAUUAUUAUCGCUUCUAGUAAUGCUGUUCACAAUACAGCAACCAUUUCACCAAAAAACAUUAUACUCACAGCAAAUGCGGCAUUAGUACUAAAAGCUGAUACAUGCAAUUGUAAUACAUCUGAAGGAAAUAACACAACUGAAACAACUACAACUUCGACGACAACUGAAAAAAAUUCAGCUAUUAUUUGUUCAUCAAUACAUAUAAUAACAAGUAUAAGUAUUGCAGUAACAUUAUUAUUUAACUUUUCAUCAUUUUAUUAACUCAAAUUUUAUAGAAUUUUAAAUUUUAUAGAAAAAAUUUAGUUAGAAUAAAAAAUAGUAAAAGUAAAUAUUUUUCUAUUAAUAAGAACUUAUAAAUACAAAAGUAACAAAUAUAUGUUUAAUCCAUCCCAUUUUAUAUAUGUUAAAUAUAUUUUAUAAAUAUAAAAUUUAUUUUUAAUAACAGAAGCAUCAGCCUCAGAUAUUAAUAUUCUGGUUCUGAAAUAUUAUAAUUUAUAUUAAUAAUAACAAAUACUAUUCAAGUACAUUCACAUAUUCAAAGCAAUUAAUGAAUUGAAUGACUCAUAAUAAACUAAGCAAUGUGAUGUCAGAUAGUGGCAUAUGUUGUUUAUAAAUCAGUUAUAUUUAAAAUUAUAAAUUAUAAUAAAAAAUAAAUCUUAUUUCCGUUGGUAUAA